AGAGCCGAGCGAAGCCGAGCGGAGCGUUUUAAUGCAGCCUUUGAAAACAACUGACUUUUGGCCUCGAAAAAUCGUCCAAAUGACUCGACCGACGCCGGAACUGACCAGGCGCCGGUGCGGGUGUUAAAGUGUCGGCUGUGCUGUAAUGGCAGCCUUCGGCAAGACUGACUGAUUUUCGCCGAGCUGGGAAGCGACUCAGCCGUUACAGUGUAGUUGGUUGCCCUCUCCGAGCAACCAUGGGAGCGGAGAGCAGUGCCCUGCGAAGCUGCAUCUUGGAGGAGCCGUUGCUGACCCUGCCUUCGGGCCUCACGAUGUACUCUGCCAUCCUCCAGGACAGCAAGCCUGCUUCUGUGUUUGUCUAUAAGCGAGGCAGUGAAGACAAAGUCAACAAAGCUGCCAAGCACCUGAAGACUCUGAGGCACCCAUGCCUGCUGCGAUUCCUGUCAUGCUCCGUGCAAGACGGAGGCAUUCACUUGGUGACGGAAAGAGUUCAGCCGUUGGAGCUUCUCCUGGACAAUCUCACACCAGAAGAGAUCUGCGCAGGCAUCUAUGACCUGUUGCAGGCCCUGGUCUUCCUCCAUGACAGGGGCAAAUUAAGCCACAACAACGUGUGCAUGUCCUCAGUCUUUGUCAGUGAGGAUGGACACUGGAAGCUUGGAGGCAUGGAGACUGUUUGCAAGUUUGCGGAAGCAACGCCAGAGUUUCUUGCCAGCGUUCAGGCAGUACGAGAGAGCAGUGCUGUUCCUCCUGAAGAGAAGCUGGACGGGUUUAAAUUGCUUCCUGACAAGCACGCCCACUCGCGGGACGCCUACUCUUUUGGUGUGCUGGUGGAGGUCCUCAUUCCCCUCCUAAAUGGAUAUGUGUCUGAGGAGCUGGCAGAGAGUCUGAGGAGCAUGCUGCAGGUCAGCCUCCUGACCCCUGAUCCUGCAGCCCGACCACCUCUCAGCAGUCUACUGAAUCAUGAGUUUUUCAGGAAUGACUUCUUGGACAUCAUGAACUUUCUGAAGACUUUGACUCUGAAAUCUGAGGAGGAGAAGCAUGAGUUCUUCAAAUUUCUACUGGACCGAGUUCAUAGCCUCCCAGAGGAGUUAAUUGGCGCUCGUUUGGCUUCUAAGCUGUUAAACUCCCUUGUGUUUGCUGAACCGACAGCUGUUAAAAGCUUCCUGCCUCACCUGCUACAGCCAAAGAAGGAUUCUGGAGUUGGGGUUGGAGAGGAGUGCCUGCUGUCUAUGCCACUCUACCGCAGGCAUGUGAUCCCGCAACUCCUGAAGCUCUUCAAAGUUAAUGAGGAGCAUGUGCGGAUGGUGCUUCUCUCCCAUAUCCAUGUCUACGCUGAGUUCUUCUCUCAUGAUGAACUCAAGAACCAGAUCCUACCUCAGGUUUUGCUGGGAAUGAGGGACACUAAUGAUACUCUAGUCGCCAUGACAUUGCAGAGCCUGGCAGUGCUGGUCCCAUUGCUGGGGGCACAAGUGGUAGUAGGUGGGGAAAGGACAAAGGUCUUUAAACGGACUACGCCGAACUUUACCAAGUCAACAGACGUCACCCCAGAAACCUCACCGGUUCAUAUUGUUGGGCAGUCACUUCCCCAUAUUUCGCAGCCCUCAAAGAUUGUGAGUCUGUUUCCUAAGCCCUCUGAAGGAAAGUCACUAGUCCUGGAGAACCUGAGUUCCAUCCAGACUGUCCGAGAAGAUGCUGCUGUCCAGCACCCUUCAGCAUCAAAGACAGUGGUGAUCAGGGAUAUGGCUUUCCCUCUGAAUGGCUUAAGGAAAGGUAAGCAGGAAGAGAAUGGCCAUUCGGCUGGCAAUCUCAACGAGGACUGGCCUGAUUGGGGCGACGUGGAGGAGAAAUCAGAUAGAGAUGACGGCAAACCAGUCCAGAUUAGCAUACGGCCGGUGGACAUUACCUCCAAAUUACCGACCACCAGUGGCGACGAUACAGAGGAACCCUGGGAUGACUUUGAGGAAUCUGAGGUUACUUCAGACCAGUCACCUACCACACCUCGACCGGUCAGAGCGUCAAACCCCUUAAGACAGAGUGCCGCCAUAUCUAUAGCCCCGUCUCGCUCUGGAACUGAAAGAGUGUCCAAAGCACUCAGAUUGAGCUCUGCUGUGAAACCUGCUCCAGAGCAGAAUAGCACAUCAUGGGAUACUGGCUGGGACCAGAGCAUAGAUGACCUCAGUGGUAGCAAAGCAAGUUCAGCUACAGAGCCCAAACUUAAAACCACACGCAGGAGUGCAGGAGCUGGAAGACUGGGAGAGGAGUUCACCAUCGAGGUGAAAAGGAAACCAGGGAGUGAUCCAGAGCUGGACUUCUUCGCUGACAUGGUACCAGAAAUAAAACUGUCAUCAUCUUCCACGCUCUUCCCUGGGGGGAGUUCAGGCAGCAAGUCUGCAGGACCUUCGGCUGCACCUGUAUCUAACACUGAGCCAGACGGCACACAGUCUGUGAACACACUGGAACUGACUGCCAAGUUUGCUGCAGUAGAUCUGACAGAGACCGAAGCAGAGGGCUGGGGUGAUGGUGACAUCAGCUGGGAGGAUGAAAAUGCCUGGUGAUAAACUGACAUUUUUUCGUAAAGCCAUAGGAGACCAUGCAAGACAAAUCAGUGAACCAAGAAAGUGCGACUACAUGAGGCAAAACGGCUGGAAACUGCCAUGUCCAGUGUCAACACUACUUUCAAUGCAGAAGUGGAGCUUCAGUGCUACUAAUGGAGAAGCAUUAAAGAGGUUAGCUUUGCCAACAAUGCAAGAUGUAAUGCAUCUUGGACGGUCAUCCAUUUCAAACCGCGUUCUUAUGUCAGGGCUACUUUUUCUGGCUCAUUUUCAUCUGUUUUGUACGGGUGCACAUUUCACCCUGCGGGAGAACAGUAGACAGGCAUGUAAUGUGAUUGUCAAAAAAAAAGACAUGCUGAUAAUGAAUCGCUUGGACUGAGUAAUGAGCAGACACUACAAAUAAUCUGAGAUUUACUGUCAAAACUGUGCCCCCUGGCACUGAGAUUAGCUUAUCUUCUGAAAAUGAACCAGGAUGCACCAGAUUGAAGUGACAAUGUUUUUAAUUAGGGACUUUCUCAAGCUCUCCGCCAAGUCCUGAUGGAUCUUCCUGCAAUGAAACAGAGAUUCACUGGAAGUACAUGUGCUGCGCUUGUUUUAAGUUUUAAAUCAGGUUUUUUUUUUUUUUUUGCCAUGAGCCUCUCAAAUAUGUUCUACCUAUUACAAGGAGGAGCCUUAUAGAAUAGCCAGUCUCAGCAUAAGUGUACAUAUAGAAUAUAUUCAAAUAAAUCUUUAUUUGGG